AUGUCUCACUUUGAUAGUGAAAAGCACGCGAUCGACCAAGCCGAAAAGCGCCACUCGGUCAAUGGCGGCGUCCAGGCUGGCAAGGAUAACAACUAUGCCAUCGAGAUCGCCCCGGCUGGCCAGUCGCAGCACGUCCAGGACGCAGUCUUCGGUGACAUGGGCGACGAUGGCCCCAACUACCGUGCUGUCGGAGCCCUCGGUGCUUUCGCUCUCAUGACCAAGGCCAAUAUUGGUAUUGGUGUCCUUUCCAUUCCUUUUGUUUUCAUGGAGGUCGGCAUGGUGCCCGGUGUCAUCUUGCUUCUUGUGAUCAACCUCAUCAUCAUGUACUGCGCGUGCAUCAUUGGUGACUUUAAGAUGAACCACCCUGAGGUGUACGCCAUUGCCGACGCCGGCUUUGUCGUCGGUGGCCGCUUCGGCCGCGAGUACUUUGGUCUCGCGUUUGUUCUUUUCAUGAUCUUCGUCUCGGCGUCAGGCAUCCUCACCAUCGCCACCGCUCUCAACGCCGUCUCUUCCACUGCCACUCACCACGGCGCGUGCACGGCCAUCUUCAUGGCCGUCUCCGCCGUCAGUGGCUUCCUCCUUGCCCAGCUACGCACUCUUGGCAAGAUUUCUUGGAUCGGCUGGGUCGGUCUCGUUUCAAUCAUGGCUGCCAUUCUCACUCUCACCAUCGCCGUUGGUGUCCAGGAGCGCCCUUACCUCGCUGCCAAGGAGUAUCCCACUGGCCCCUGGCCCAAGAACCUCAAGAUUACCAACAACCCGCCGUUCUCCACCGCCAUGUCUGCUAUCAACUCUAUCGUCUUCGCUUUCGCCGCCACUCCCACUUACUUUGGCAUCAUCUCGGAAAUGCGUGACCCCCGCUCGUACAAGCGCACCAUGUGUACCUCGAUGGGCAUCCUCUACUGCGUUUACGCAACCAUUGGCAUUGUCGUCUACUAUUUCUGCGGCCAGUACGUCGCCAGCCCCGCUCUCGGCUCGGCUGGCCCAACCAUGAAGAAGGUCGCCUACGGAAUCGCCAUCCCCGCCCUCCUCGCUUCCGUCUGCAUCUACCUCCACCUUGCUGCGAAGUACUUCUUUGUCCGCAUUCUCUCCGGCACCCCUCACCUCUCAUCCAGCACCAAGAUCCACUGGGUCACUUGGUACUCGUGUGUCACCAUUUCCGCCCUCGUUGCCUACAUCAUUGCCUCGGCCAUUCCCAUUUUCAGCAACCUUAUCUCGCUUAUUGGUGCUCUUAUCGGUCCCUCGGUCUGUAUCGCCCCAUACGCGUGGAUGUGGUACCACGACAACUGGAAGCUCAACCUCAGUGGACGUCGCAAUGUUUUCAUGCUCGCGUUCAACGCCUUCCUCUUCGCUCUCGCCAUCUUCUUCACCGGUGCCGGCACCUACGGAGCCAUCGUCGCCAUCAUCAACGACCCUAACCGCUCCAAGCCUUGGGACUGUGCCGACAACUCGAACACGGUCGAGACUAACAAGUAG